CUCUGUUGGUCCCGGAGCACUUCUUGGGCAGCAAGCGAGGACUCGUUAACAGUUUCUUUCCCUCAGUUGUGGCUGCCGGUCUCGGAUUUCUCCCGUGACUGCGGGCUGUUGCAGAUCCAAUGAAGUCCAGAGUGUCGUGGCCAUUUCUUUCCUUGCUUGGGAUAUGCUUGUUGAUGGCAGAAGGAUGGUUGGAAAAGAAAAUGCCCAGGAAGCUUUUGGUACAUGGAGCUGCACUCCAAGAAGAGCAGAGUGAACCUUUAAUGAAGGGAAGAGUGCAUUCUGGUCAUGAUGGUCUAUACGGAGCUUGUCAAAAGAACUACUGCGGCCGUGGGCAGCAGUGUGUCAUCAGUAAACAGACUGAACUGCCUGAAUGUGUAUGUGUACAAGAGUGCAAGCCAAAUUACUUACCUGUUUGUGGCUCUGAUGGGGAGUUUUAUGAGAAUCACUGUGAGCUGCAUCGUGCCGCCUGUCAACAGCGAAAGAAAAUCCACAUUGUAGACGAUAAAGAGUGUUUUUUCCAAGGAGAACGGUGUAAACUGGCAGAGUACAGCAGACUGAAGAGCAUGUUGUUGGAUCUACAGAGUCAGAGGUAUUUCCAGCAAGAAAAUAUAACAAUGGAUGCAGUAACUUUCAAGAGGCAUUUGGUGGAAAGCAUGUUCAAAGACUUUGACAUCAAUAAUAAUGGCUUUAUAGACAACAGUGAACUGGCACAGGCAAUGACACAAGAUGCCCUUGAUAACGACCCAUUUGACUGCAACUUAUUUGAUCUUCUUCAAUAUGAUGACUACAAUAAUGACAAGAUGUUGACACUAGAAGAACUCUGCACAGCAUUCCAGGUUAUUCAGCUAAAUCUUCCAGAAGAUAAGAAGGUCAGUACAACCACGGUAACUGUUGGACUGAGCGCCGUCUUGUCAUGUGCUGUACAGGGCACCCUGAGACCACCAAUCAUCUGGAAGCACAAUGGAAUCACAUUAAAUUUCUUGGAUCUAGAAGAUAUCAAUGAUUUUGGUGAUGAUGGCUCCCUUUAUAUUACAAAAGUUACAACAAUCCACAUGGGGAAUUACACCUGCCAUGCUUUUGGCUAUGACAACUUCCUCCAGACCCACAUCCUGCAGGUGAAUGUCCCUCCGGUGAUCAGAGUGUACCCAGAGAGCCAGGCACAAGAGCCUGGUGUGGCUACAAGCUUGAGGUGCCAUGCUGAUGGAAUCCCCAACCCAAAAAUUACCUGGCUGAAAAAUGGUUUAGACAUUACUUCAACAUUGCCUAAUCAACUUGUGCUGUUAGCAAAUGGAAGUGAAAUUCACAUUAACAGUGUACGUUAUGAAGACACUGGGGCAUAUACUUGUAUUGCGAAGAAUGAUGCAGGAGUUGACGAAGAUAUCUCUUCACUUUUUGUUGAGGAUUCAGCUCGAAAGACUCUUGCAAACAUACUGUGGCGAGAGGAAGGGCUAAGUGUUGGAAACAUGUUCUAUGUUUUCUCUGAUGAUGGAAUCACAGUUAUUCAGCCUACAGGAUGUGAGAUUCGAAGACAGAUCAAAGCUAGUGACAAGAUCAUUGUAAGCUUUGAAGAAAUAUGUCCCUCUGAAGAAGGGCAAACCCUUCCACAUUGUGUUUGGGCCUCUGCUGUCAACAUCAGAGACAAGUACAUCUAUGUUUCCCAACCGACACUGAGCCGGAUACUGAUCAUUGACAUUCCGUCUCAGAAAGUCUUACAGGCAGUGUCAACAGAUCCUGUUCCAGUGAAAUUACAGUACGACAAGUCACAUGACCAAGUUUGGGUCCUCAGCUGGGGAGAUGUGAACAAAAGCAAUCCUACUCUGCAGGUUAUCACCCAAGCAAGUGGAAAUGGAGACCAUCAUACUAUCCACACGCAACCGGUUGGCAAACAGUUUGAUCGUGUUGAUGACUUUUUCAUUCCUCCGACCAAUCUCAUCAUCAAUCACAUUAGAUUUGGAUUUAUUCUUCACAGCUCAGAAGCAGCACUUCACAAGAUUGAUCUAGAGACUGUGGCCUACAUCAAAACAAUCAGCCUAAAGAACUACAGCUGCAUCCCAGAGGCAAUGGCCUACACUCAUCUGGGUGGCUAUUACUUUAUCCAUUGUCAGACAAAUGGCUCAAGCUUGCCUCAGUCACAGAUCAUCAUUGACAGUGUCACUGAUUCUGUAAUUGGAUACAAUGAUAAGGUGUCAGGUACUCCAUACAUCUCCCCUGAUGGGCACUACCUAGUCAGCACAGAUGAUUACAAGGGGUUAAUUACAGUCCAGUCUGUUACCUUCCGGGGUGAGAUCACGUCUGCAUUUGAAAUUACUACAAAUCUACACAUUGUUGAUGUGACCUUCCAGUCAUCUUUCACAGAAGCCAAUGAGUAUUACAUCUACGCCAGCUCCCGUUUUCAAACCGAUCUGUUGUUUCUGGAGCUCUCCACAGGGAAUGUUAAAUUCAUUAAGGGCUUGAAAGUUCCCAUUAAACCAAAGGACUGGUUGUGGAAUGGCAAUAACAGGGCAAUAGUUAACAGCGGUCUAUUUGGACAGCACCUUGUUACUCCAGCUAAGGAUUCCCUGUUUAUCAUAGGAGCAAGACAAAACAAAUUGAACUGCGAGAUAUCCAAGAUAACACGAGGCAACACAAUCGUGUGGGUUGGGGAAGCAUGA